GGGCCGGGCGCACCUCCCCGUCCUGAUGGAGGAGGCUCGUCGUGCGCGGCUUCCUCUCUCUCUCUCUCUCUCUCUCUCUCUCACUGGCCUGGGGAGUCCCAGGCCUCACCCGGAGCAGGCCGGGGGGAGUUAAAAAGAAGAGACUGACAUGGUUGAAAACUCUCCAGCCCCAUUGCCUGAAAGAGCAAUAUAUGGGUUUGUUCUUUUCUUAGGUUCCCAGUUUGGCUUUAUGUUAUACCUUGUAUGGGCGUAUGUUCCGGAAUCUUGGUUAUUCUCAUUGGGACUAACAUACUGGCCUCAAAAGUACUGGGCAGUUGCUUUGCCUGUAUACCUUCUAGUUACUUUAGGAAUUGGCUAUAUACUACUCUUUGGUAUUAACAUGAUGAGUACUGCUCCGCUCAACUCCAUGCACACCAUUACAGAUAACUUUGCAAAAAAUCAGCAGCAGAAGAAAUCUCAAGAAGAAGCAAUCCCUGCAUUGAGGGAUAUUCCCAUUAGUGAAGUAAAUCAAAUGUUUUUUCUUGCUGACAAAGGCAUUUGUAACAGAAAUUAAUUGGAAUCAGGACCUGUUAGAAUAAGACACUCGUACAAUAAUAUUUAGAAACGCAUUGUAAGAAAAGUCAAAGGCUUGUCAAUGCUAGGAAAUUUAACACUUUCAACAACUGGAAUAGAUGGAUUUGUACCUAAAUUAAGCUGUGGUCAGCACUGGUUCACCUGUGGCAUAGAGCACUGAACCGGGACUCAGAAGAUAUGGGCUGUAUUCUCAGCUCUACUGCUAGCCUGCUGGGUGACCUUGAACAAGUCACUUCACCACUCUGUGCUUUGGUUUCCCCAUCUGUACUAUGUGUGUGAUACUGACGUUUAUAAAAUGCUUUGAGAUCUACUGAUGAAAAGUGUUAUUUAAGAGCUAUGUAUUAUUAAACAAAUUGAUGAUUGUUGAAA